AUGGGGGCCACGCCUUUCACUGAAAGGAUUCUAAGAGCAAAACUCCCUAAAGGUUUCGAUAAACCCACCGACAUGAAAUACGAUGGAACCAAGGAUCCCCAAGAAUACCUAACGGCCUUCGAGGCCAGAAUGAACCUCGAAGGGGCCGCCGACGCGGUUCGGUGCAGAGCUUUCCCAGUAACCCUAGUCGGGCCGGCGAUCAAAUGGUUCAAUGCCCUCUCCAACGGGUCUAUAACCGGCUUCCACGACAUCUCGCAGAAAUUUCUGGCCCAAUUCACCUCCAGGAUCACUAAAGCCAAACACCCUAUCAGCCUAUUAGGAGUCACGCAGAAACAAGACGAAUCUACAAGAAAAUACCUCGACCGUUUCAAUGAUGAAUGUCUAACAAUCGACGGACUCACGGACUCCAUCGCAAGCCUCUGCCUAACCAACGGACUCAUGAACGAGGACUUCCGCAAGCACCUCACUACCAAACUAGUAUGGACCAUGCACGAGAUCCAGAGCGUCGCUAAGGACUACAUAAACGACGAGAAAGUCAGCCAAGUCGUAGCCGCCAAUAAGCGGCAGCACGACAACACCCAACACGGUAACCCGACACCUCGGUAUAAUCCCUCACCCCGAAAAGGCCAGAAGGACCAUCCCAAGCCAACAAGCACAAAUCGACCACCCCGAAUCGGCAAAUUCUCUAACUACACACCUCUGACAGCCCCGAUUACCGAAAUAUACCACCAAAUAGCAGAUCGUGGUAUUAUCCUGAAAGCCCGACAACUCAAAGAAAGAACUGUCGGCAACAAAACCCUUUACUGCGAUUACCACUGUGGUCACGGGCACAGGACACAAGACUGUUUUGACCUAAAGGAUGCCCUCAAGCAAUCCAUAAGAGACGGCAAGCUCCCUGAGUUUGUCAAAAUUAUCAGAGAACCAAAACGCACUGAAAGGGAUAGGUCACUGGAGAGAGAAGGACGCAACCCAAGAACACAAGGACAACCCCCCUGGGGAAGCCCAGAAGAAGACCCGACCAUAAUAGUAAACAUCAUUACAGGCAAGGAUACACCAGGCAAGUCAAAAUCAGAACUAAAAAAGGACCUCAAAGUCCUGGCAGUCGGGAACCAAACCCCACCCAUCACUACCAACAACGCGAUCACCUUCCUACCCGAGGAUUGCCAACACGGCACCUCGGCUGAAGACACCCCUUUCGUCAUCUCGGCAAAAAUUGGGACAGGGCUAGUACGAAGGAUACUAGUGGACACAGGCGCAGACUCUAACAUCCUUUUUAGAGGAGCUUUUGACAAACUCGGACUCCGCAACGACAACCUCCAAACACAUCGUAACGGCGUCACGGGACUCGAAGACAACUUCCUCAAACCAAACGGCUCCAUCACCCUUCCCCUUACCAUUGGAACGGGACGCCAAAGGAAGACGAUCCUAUCCGAAUUCGUGGUCCUCAAAGACUCCACCGCCUACAACGUCAUCCUCGGAAGAAAAACAAUCAACGAUCUCUCCGCCGUCAUCUUCACAAAGUACCUCUUCAUGAAGUUUACAACGGAAGAUGGCUCCAUCGGUACCAUCCACGGCGACCAAGAAAUCGCGGCAGAAUGCGAUAACACGAGCCUUGCUCUACAAAAAAAGUCCUGCGACACGGCCGACAUAUUCCUAGCCGACCUGGAUGCCCGAUAG